GUCGGGCCAGAAACCAAUUGAGGAAUCUGGUGAAGCAGACGCGACGAUUAAUUUGAGGAUGUAGGCAUGAGUCUGAAGGAACAUGGGGCUGUAUCAGCGGUGGCGGCGGCUCCGGUUCCCAGGGUUACAAACCUGCAGGCUACACACGGACCGUAAGGCUGUGCGUACGCCUCCACACUGGUUAGCAGAGCGGCUUAGCCUUUUUGAGGAGCUAUGGGCUGCUCAAGUAAAGAGAUUAGCAAGCAUGGCACAGAAGGAACACCGGACUAUUAAAAUAACACUUGCUGGAGGCCAGAAAAUGGAUGCUGUAGCAUGGAACACAACUCCUUACCAACUAGCCCAGCAGAUCAGUUCACCUCUGGCAGAUACUGCAGUUGCUGCUCAAGUGAAUGGAGAACCUUAUGAUCUGGAGCGGCCCUUGGAGACCGAUUCUGACAUCAGAUUUCUGACAUUCGAUUCCACAGAGGGAAAAGCAGUAUUCUGGCACUCCAGCAGCCAUGUCUUGGGGGCAGCAGCUGAACAAUUCCUAGGUGCUAUACUCUGCCAAGGUCCGAGUACAGAAUGUGGCUUCUAUCAUGAUUUCUUCCUGGGAAAGGAACGAACAGUCCGGGGCUUAGAGCUGCCAGUUUUGGAGAGGAUUUGCCAGGAAUUUGCAGCUGCUGCUCAACCUUUCCGGAGGCUAGAGGCUUCCCAGGAUGAGCUUCGCCAGCUUUUCAAGGAUAACCCCUUUAAGCUUCGCCUGAUCGAGAAGAAAGUGACAGGUCCAACAGCAACAGUGUAUGGGUGCGGCACGUUGGUUGAUCUUUGCCAGGGCCCCCACCUUCGGCAUACUGGACAGAUAGGAGGACUGAAACUGCUGACGAACUCGUCAUCCCUGUGGAGGUUGUCAGACGCCCCAGAGACACUGCAGAGAGUGUCAGGGAUUUCCUUUCCCGCUGUGGAGGAGCUGAGGGCCUGGGAAGAGUGGAGGGAGGAAGCCGAGUCACGGGACCACCGACGCAUUGGGAAGGAACAGGAGCUCUUCUUCUUCCACGAAUUGAGCCCUGGGAGCUGCUUCUUCCUGCCUCGAGGGACAAGGGUCUAUAAUGCACUGGUGGCUUUUAUCAGAGCCGAGUAUACCCACCGUGGUUUCUUAGAAGUGAAAACCCCCACACUGUUUUCUACGAAACUGUGGGAGCGGUCAGGACACUGGGAGCAUUAUUCGGAAGACAUGUUUGCCCUGCAGUCCCCAGGCUCUGGCAGGCCUGUCAGCAACCCGGGUGACCACUCUACCAGCCCUCCCACAGACACGCUCGCCCUGAAGCCCAUGAACUGCCCUGCACACUGUUUGAUGUUUGCCCACCGGCCCAGAUCCUGGCAAGAGCUGCCCCUGCGACUGGCAGACUUUGGGGCCCUGCACAGGGCAGAGGCCUCUGGUAGUCUGGGAGGACUGACCCGGCUGCGGUGCUUCCAGCAGGAUGAUGCUCACAUCUUCUGUGCACUGGAUCAGCUGAAAGCAGAGAUCCGAGGAUGUCUUGAUUUCCUCCACUCUGUCUACAUUGUCCUUGGCUUCUCCUUCCACCUGGCACUGUCCACUCGGCCGUCUGGCUUCCUGGGAGAGCCCUGCCACUGGGACCAGGCUGAGCAGGUCCUUCAACAGGCUCUGGAAGAAUUUGGAGAACCCUGGGACCUCAACCCUGGAGAUGGUGCCUUCUAUGGGCCUAAGAUUGAUGUGCACCUCCACGAUGCUCUGGGUCGGCCCCAUCAAUGUGGGACAAUCCAGCUUGACUUCCAACUGCCCCUGAGAUUUAACCUCCAGUACAAGGGGCAGGCAGGGGCCCCAGAGCGUCCAGUCCUUAUUCACCGAGCAGUGCUAGGUUCUGUGGAAAGGAUGCUGGGAGUGCUGGCGGAAAGCUGUGGGGGAAAAUGGCCGCUGUGGCUGUCCCCGUUCCAGGUAGUGGUCAUCCCUGUGGGGACUGAGCAAGAGGAAUAUGCCAGGGAGGCACAGCAGAGCCUGCAAGCUGCAGGACUGGCCUGCGACCUGGACACUGACUGUGGACUGACCCUCAGCCGGAGAGUCCGCCGGGCUCAGCUCACCCACUACAAUUUUCAGUUUGAUUUAGGUCUCUUAAGCUUCUUCUUAGUAAAGAAGAUGUCCCAUGUGGAUGAAUUUUCCCUGAGAGCCUCACCUCCCCUCUUCCUGCAGUGGUUGGCCAGAAAGAGCAGAGUGAGAGAACAGUGAACGUUCGGACUCGGGAUAACCGCCGGCUGGGGGAACGGGACUUGACUGAGGCUAUACAACGGUUGCUGGAGCUACAGAGCACCAGAGUCCCCAAUGCUGAGGAGAUGUUCUGAGCUUAUGUAUACAGACGUGACAGAGACCUGCAGGAGCCACCAGCCUCCCUUCACACUGGAGAGCCCAACCUGCCUGACAAGAUCUGGAGGGCCUCAGGCCCUUGGGAGCUCAUGUGGAAGCAUGAAUCUGCUCUCCUCAGAAGAGAUUUGGUCUGGGGGAGCCGUUUUGGAUGUGAGGAGAGUGAAACUAAAAAUAAUAAACUUGAAGCUCAUCAA